UCGAAUAUGUUGUACAGAGUCGGUUAGUGCGCGAUCGUUGUGGGAAUUUUUAUUUAUUGGUGCUCGCUACCAACAAUAACAACAACAACACGUUGUCGAAGUGAAGUGCAUACGAAUUUUUUCGAUUUACGAAGUUUUAAAGUUGAAAUAGCAAAAGUGCAGCGCAGUGAAUUUGGCUUUCUUACGCGUGGAAGUAUCAAAAAAGAAAAGAAUUGGCGCAUUAAACAAUUAAAGCGCAAAAAAUUUACAAUUGCCCGCAUUUUUGUUUACAUUUGCAUGCGGAGCCAGGAAUAAAAAUAAUAAUUUUCCGCUGUGAAAGGUGAAUAAUACAAAGCGCAUACGAAGUGAUGAAAAGCAACAAACGAAAUUAAAGUGAAGUACCUACAUAUUUAACGAUUCCAAAAAGUGACGAUGCCGAGGCAAAAGAAUAAGCAAAGGCAGUAAGUGAAGAGAAGUGAAAGAAAGUAACACGAAACUAGUGUGUUUGGGUAGCAAAAACGAGGAAGAAGAAGCAGAAGACAAGCAAAGCAAAUGUCGAAAAUGUAGAAGUGUGGAGGCGCAGUGCAAAUGCAAUUGGAGUAAAUACACACACAAACAUACAUAUACAUAUGCAUGAGUGUUAUUCAAGCGAAUGAGUACAGUGAUGCGCUUUGCAAUUGUUACAAUUUAAUUUAAUUGGAGUGCUCAACAAAUGAGGUGAAAAACAAUAACAAAACAACAAAAAGAAAAGAAUAAUAACAAAAGCGAAGCAAAUACGUAUGUGAAGUGUGUGCUAAGAAUACAUAAAAAAUUGCUAUAAAUCAAGUGGUAUUAAUGUGAGCGGAAAGUGUAAUUGAAACAAAGUGAAAAAAUUUCAACAAAUUAAAAAAAAUUUAAAUAAAGUGAAAAAAUUUUAAACAAAGUUGAAAAAAGUUUAAACAAAGUGCAAAAAAAAAUUGGAAAGGCUAUAAUAAUUAACUGAAUAAAUAAGUGGAAUAAUAUUAGCAAAUUGGCAGCUGCUAGCUUGUGUUAGUGCUAAUGAAAACAUGCAAAUUAAUAUUCAAACAUAAAAGCAAUUCUCAACGUGUUUAAUGCGAAAGCUCUCCAAUUGUCUGGUUGAACGCGCAAUUCGUCUUAAUUGCAACAAAAGCCAAAAACAAAGAAUUCUCCGUAAAGUGCUUACAGAAACGUGUUAUUUAAGCGGUGUGAAUAUAAAAAUACACACACAUACACAUAUAUGUAUAUGGUGUAUACUGGUGCUUGUGUGCUUAAGGUUAAACCAACAGUUACUCGCGAUCGAUUGCAUUUUUGUGGAUUUAAGCAAAAUUUUAAAUUCGUUGGAAGAUAAGUAAAUUCGUUAGGUGGUGGCUUCUAUAAGCAAAAUUUGUGCAGAUUAUAUACACACACAUACACAUAUGCAUACAUGUGAAUGUACAGCGAGACAACAGGUUAUUUGCUUGUGUGUAAUUUACUAAAGAACAAAUCGAUCUCAGAUUUCACCCCAAUCAACAAUAGCGACAUAAGAUACAACAACAACAACAACAACAAAUUUGAGGAGAACUUGAAUCGAGUAUUUUUAUCGAUAACAACAAUUCAUCACCAAUUUACUUAGAUAUUUUUGGUAUUUCCUCAAUACUCACAAGCGUUAUUCGAUUGUAACGGGAGUUGUUUUGCGCUGGCGGAUCAAAGCAGCUGUUGCUCCAAGCGACGCACAGACACACACAAAUACGUGAACGGCGCAAUAAAUGCACGCAAAUGUGCAACAUUAUCCGCAAAUAUGUAAAAGCCAAUGUCAACAGCGAAACAACUGCCACAGCAACAACAACAACAACCACCAACAAUCACCAACAACCAGCAAUAACAGCACAGAGCAAAGUAUAAAAGCAGGAAAUCACAUUUUGAGAUUUACACAAGUCAAAGCGGGCGCAACAAAGCAGCAAAAACACGAAAAAUACCACAGCAACAACAACAAAGAAGCAGCAAAAAAGCUAUACAACAAUUACAAACAACCGUCAGUGUUCUGCUAAUUACAAAGUGACACAAUAAUGCUGCUAAGUUGCACUGGCAUCAUAGUAAAAUAAGAGCCAACACAAAGCGGUAAACAACCGUUAACACCCAAAGGCGACAAAAUAAUCAAAAAGCAAGCCAACAAAUAACGGACACACAAACGAACCGCCAACGCAAAGGAUUCACUGCAAGGACGUUAAUUAAUCACAAGCUUGUGCAGAAAACGAACUUGCCACAGCAACACUACUACUACUACAUACAUACAUACAACACGCACACUCGGCAAACAAAGCAUUCAAGCAAUCAGCAACACGCCCAAAACAACCGCCGACACUGCAACAACGAAAGCUUAGCUGGAUAUCACAGAUUGGCUAAAGCAAGCUGACAGACACCAAAAGGCAACGGAUAGCUAACGGUCAGGCAUUGCCACAUUGCGGCGCGCAACAGCAAGGAGUUAAUAAUACGCCUGUUGCGGACACCGGCACUGUAAGCGCAGCAGGCAAUUAUCGAUAAUAGCAGACAGUUGAGAAGCUGUAGCAACCGGAAAGGCAGAGUUGCACGCGCCACAAAGGUAAACGCGUGCAACACGAAGCAGCAUUACACACACUCACACGCGCACACGACAUGUUAAGCCACAUUGAUAAGCGUGUGGCAAGUUGUUGUAGCAGCAGCAGCAACAACAGCAAUAUGCGUAAUCAACAGCAUUAUACAGCGAGUUGCGAAGGCAACAGCAGCGAAAAUACAACAACAAAACACAUUAACUCUGCGCCACAACAACAUGAACACAGCACGCGCUCUUCCAUAUCACUGGCGCUGCUCACACAAACGCUAUUCUUGCUGUUGCUGCUCGUAAGCAUCUCGCCCACGGAUGGCAACCCCGACUGGAUGCAACACUGCAGCAUGUGCCAUUGCAAUUGGAACUCGGGCAAGAAGACAGCCGAUUGCAAGGCGCGCUCACUCACCGCCAUACCCGACGAUCUGAGCAACGAAAUGCAAGUUGUGGACUUCUCGAAUAAUCUGAUACCCGAGUUGCGGCGUGAAGAGUUCGCCGAUGCGAACUUGCAGAAUCUGCAUAAGAUCUUCUUGCGUAAUUGCACGAUACAGGAGGUGAACCGUGAUGCGCUCAAAGGUCUACCCAUACUCAUCGAGCUGGAUAUGUCGCACAAUUUCAUACGCGAACUGCAUGUCGGCACAUUCAGUGGGCUGGAGAAAUUGCGCACGCUCGUCAUGAAUCACAAUGAAAUCGAAGUGUUGGAAAAUUAUCUCUUUGUCGACUUACCAUUUCUAUCGCGCGUCGAAUUCAAGAAUAAUCGACUGAAGCAAGUCGAAGUGCAUGCCUUCGGUCAGCAGCCGAUGUUGUCGGCCAUCUACCUGGAAGCGAAUGCUUUGUAUGUGUUGCGCAAAGAGACCUUCACACGCAUACCGAAACUGACGCAUCUCUCGCUGGCGCAGAAUCCCUGGAACUGCACCUGCGAACUGCAAGCCUUACGCGACUUCGCGCUCGCCAAUCGUCUAUACACACCGCCCACAGACUGCGCACAACCGCCAGCGUUGCGUGGCAAACUUUGGACCGAUGUACCGUCGGAGAAUUUCGCCUGUCAGCCACACAUACUCGGCUCGGUGCGUUCGUUUGUCGAAGUGCAAUCGGAUAAUAUAACACUGCCGUGUCGUGUCGAAGGUACGCCGCGUCCAAACAUCACCUGGAUCUACAAUCGACGCGCCAUCAAUCCGAACGAUCAACGUUUUCGUGUGCUGAACUCGCUCGAACAACAGCCGGUCAUCAGCUCCGACCCGCUACAGUCGAUCACCUCUGAAUUGCGCAUUUUCAAUGUGCGCGCCAGCGAUAAGGGUGUCUACACGUGCAUUGCCGAGAAUCGUGGCGGCAAAGCGGAGGCUGAAUUUCAAUUGAUCGUCGAUGGUGACUUCUUUGGCGCGCUCGAAGGUAUCGGCGUCGGCAUGGGCGCCUCCACCACAGACACACAAUCGAAUUUCCUACUCGUCAUCUGUUUAAUUGUCAUCACCGUGCUGUUGAUACUCAUGUGCGUGCUACUCAUUGCCUGCUGGUAUUGUCGACGUGCACGCUCUUAUCAAAAGGAUGCGACCAUGAUGAGUGAGAACGGUUUGAUAUCGACGAAAAUGGACAAGACGAAUAGUUCAAUGUUGGAGGGUUCGGUGAUAAUGGAAAUGCAGAAGAGUCUGCUCACCGAGGUGAAUCCGGUUGAGAAGCCGCCGCGUCGCACCGAACUGGAGAAUGUCGAUGGCAGCGAUGAGGGGCAUGAAAUCAAGAAGACACUACUGGAUGAAUCACAAUUCGGCAAUCACCCGCGCGACGAUGAAACCCACUCAGUCGCUCUAUCGGAUGCCAACGCACCACGCGUACGCCACACCUACAUCGACGACACCUACGGCACCAGCCUGCCGCCCGAUCUGCUCGCCUUCCCGGCACGCGUGCCGCCCACCUCACCUUCCAUGCAAUCGUCGCACAGCAACAUACCGGAACAAAUCAUCUAUGGCAUACGCUCACCACCGCUCACCAGUCCUGUGUACGCGCACAUGACACCGCAUGGCAUCUACGGCACCACAACCAUCGCUGCCGCCACACCGAACGGUUUCAUGACACUACAACAUCCGAAAUCGCGCAACUUGGCGCUCAUCGCAGCGGCCAACAAUCGUCAACAGCUGCAACAGCAACAUGUACACGCCCACCUGCCGCCGCAGCAGCAUGGCGGCGCACACCAACAGCAAUCACCGUUCUUGCCAGCGCCCGUUAUGUACUCACCCACCACAGCGGUGGUGAUGAAGCAAGGCUACAUGACGAUACCGCGCAAACCGCGCGUUCCCAGCUGGGCGCCCUCCACAUCCACCACAAAUGCCACACAACUGAGCGAAUUCCAAUCGCCCACAUCGCCAAAUCCCAGCGAAACUGGCACCGCCACCACAGCCGAACUCCAAGCGGAGCCCGUGUACGACAAUCUCGGAUUGCGCACAACAGCCGCCGGCAAUUCGACGUUAAACUUGCACAAAGUACAUCCGGAGGCGAGUAGUGGCGCUACCACAUCGACGCGUUACACAAUGCGCGACCGCCCGUUACCGGCAACGCCGAGCCUUACUUCGGUGGCGUCAUCGAGCGCAUCGGCCGCUAUGCAACAACAGCCGCAAGCACAGCAAGCGCAGCAGCUACAACAACACACGCCAACAAAACAGAACAAAAGUGUCGCGAGCACAUCGGCGGCCGCCGCGACUGCAGCGAAAAUCUACGAGCCCAUACACGAGCUGAUGCAUAAUCAUCAUAUGACAACGACCUCCGACACGGAGCCGCUUUAUGGCACCGCGCGACAUCACAACGGUCUCACAAUUGUGCCGAGCAUCAGCGGCAGCAGCGCACUAAACACUUCCAGCAGCACCAACGCGUCGACGGGUGAACCCACGAAAGUGGCGAAAAUACCGCCACGCCCACCACCAAAGCCGAAGAAGAAGAUGUCGGUGACAGCGACACGCGGCGGCCAAGGCAGCACCAGCCAACUGUUCGACGACGAGGGCGAGGACGGCACUGAAGUUUAGUUGCACGACAACAAUGGCGGCGACAGCAACAGCAACACCAACGACAACAGCGACGACGCCACCUAAAAGUUUGCGGCAAAAAAUGGCAGCUCAUAAUAAUAAACCAUAUGCAGUGACAGCGUGGAGCAGCAACGAAAAU